AAUUGUAAAUGCCUAACGUUGAGAAAAAUGUCUUAAGGCGUUAUAGUCCUUUGCAAGUGAAAUGAAUAGACCGAUGACCAAAACCAUAUUACAGUUUUUAAAGGUCAGUUAUUUAUACCAGAUGAAGUUAAUUACUCUUGUUUUUUUGGCAUUAAAUCUUGGAAAUAUAGUCCAUGGAAAUGAAGAAAAAACUGGCCUUAUUUUGAGUGAUGCCAAUAAUGAUGAAAAUGAAAAUACUGUUGCAGAAGAUAAAGAUGUAAAUUAUGAAACUUUUGUACCUACAAAUGAGUGGCAGGUCGUAAAAGAUAGUCAAGCUAUACCUGCUGGUCUUCAUGUCAGAAUGAACUUCCAGACGGGAAUAAAAGAAGCAAAACUGUUGAAAGAUGAUGAAUCAAUUGAAAACGAAUCCCCAAAAAGUGUAAACCUAGCACCAAAGAUUACAGUUGACGGACGUAAUAAAUAUGCUGACAAGAUUCGCUUUUCAAAAGCACAGUUAAAGGAUGCUUUAAGUGGUUUGGGAGAUAAUGAAGUACCCAAUGAUAUUAAAUGGUCUGAUGAAGCUAUAGAAGCAAUAAAACAAAAAACAAGUAAAAAGUUUAAAGAAAAUACACCUUGGAAAACAAAAUCAGAUCUUGAGGUAAUGAAGGAUAAUAUGGCAUUAUUAACAAAUUCAUCUCAAUCGUUACAAAUGAAGAUAGAUGCACUAACUAGGUUAGAAGACUAUGUUCACCAGAUAGAUAAUGCGAGGGACUUGGAUCAUAUACAUGGAUUGGAAACUAUAGUUCAAUUCCUAAAUGCUACAGAGGAUAGACUUAAAGAAAAAGCUGCAAAUGUCAUAAGUGCUGCGGCUCAAAACAAUAAAGAAGUUCAAAAUGCUGUUCUCAAGUAUAAUGGCUUGCAAUACUUGCUAAGAAUGCUCUAUCCUUAUCAAACGCCUUUGAUUCGUAAGAAAGGAAUUUACGCAUUAUCCGCGUUGGUCCGCGGAAAUUAUGAAGGACAAAAGGAGUUAGUUAAGCUGCAAGGUAUUAAAGAUUUAUUUGUGAUUGCGAGAGAUGUCAAAGCUGGCAGCUUGAGAGUUAAGGCUGUUGUGUUGCUGCAUGACUUGAUUGUGGAUCUGAAAGAUCGAGAAGCAACUCAUGAAAGCUGGUCUCUUUUAAACUUGUACGUUGAAAAUGGCUGGUGUGAACUGCUCAUUCCAUUACUAGACACCACUGAUAUCGAUGUGGAAGAAAAAAUAAUACAAGCCUUAACUCUUACAUUCGAAGCAUGUCAGAUUAAAUACAAGAGCAGACAAGUAGACAUGACAGUUUUGAAAAAGGUGCUCGACCAACUGAACAGUCGUAUAAAAGUGGAGGACGAUGAUGAAUUUAAAGAUUAUUUACAAAAUUUGCACACUAACCUAAAUAACAAUGUCAUCAAAAAACUUUAAAAUUAGUGCUAGGUGCGUUUGUACAAAUUUUAUGUAGGUGUAUAAAAAAGAAUCUCGUUUAAAUUUAA